UUCCGGCGUGGAGGGGCGGGGUUGCGCGCGCGGCUGAGGCAGCUGCUGGACCUGGGAGGGGAGCGGCCCUGGGGCCGCUAGGCUCUACCCGCAAUGGAGGCCGUGCCCCGGAUGCCCAUGAUCUGGCUGGACCUGAAGGAGGCCGGUGACUUUCACUUCCAGUCUGCGGUGAAGAAGUUUGUCCUGAAGAAUUAUGGAGAGAACCCAGAAGCCUACACUGAGGAGCUAAAGAAGCUGGAGUUACUCAGACAGAAUGCUAUUCGCGUUGCCCGGGACUUUGAGGGCUGCAGUGUCCUUCGAAAGUACCUUGGCCAGCUACACUACCUACAGAGUCGGGUGCCCAUGGGCUCAGGCCAGGAGGCUGCUGUAGCUGUCACCUGGACUGAGAUCUUCUCAGGCAAGUCUGUGGCCCAUGAAGACAUCAAGUACGAGCAGGCCUGUAUUCUCUACAACCUCGGUGCACUGCAUUCCAUGCUGGGGGCUAUGGACAAGCGGGUGUCUGAGGAGGGCAUGAAAGUCUCCUGCACCCACUUCCAGUGCGCAGCAGGCGCCUUUGCCUACCUGCGUGAACACUUCCCACAGGCCUUCAGUGUGGACAUGAGUCGCCAGAUCCUUACGCUCAAUGUCAACCUCAUGCUGGGCCAGGCUCAGGAGUGCCUAUUGGAGAAGUCCAUGUUGGACAACCGGAAGAGCUUUCUAGUGGCCCGCAUCAGCGCACAGGUGGUAGAUUACUAUAAGGAGGCAUGCCGGGCCUUGGAAAACCCUGAUACUGCCUCCCUGCUGGGCCGUAUCCAGAAAGACUGGAAGAAACUUGUCCAAAUGAAGAUCUACUACUUUGCGGCUGUGGCUCAUCUACACAUGGGGAAGCAGGCUGAGGAGCAACAGAAAUUUGGGGAACGGGUGGCCUACUUCCAGAGUGCCCUGGACAAGCUUAAUGAAGCCAUCAAGUUGGCCAAGGGCCAGCCCGACACUGUGCAAGAUGCACUUCGCUUUGCUAUGGAUGUCAUUGGGGGAAAAUAUAAUUCUGCCAAGAAGGACAAUGACUUUAUCUACCAUGAGGCUGUGCCAGCACUGGAUACACUUCAGCCUGUGAAAGGAGCUCCCUUGGUGAAGCCCUUGCCAGUAAACCCCACAGAUCCAGCUGUUACAGGUCCUGACAUCUUUGCCAAGUUGGUACCCAUGGCUGCCCAUGAGGCCUCAUCGCUUUACAGUGAGGAGAAGGCCAAACUGCUUCGAGAAAUGCUGGCCAAAAUUGAAGAUAAGAAUGAGGUCCUAGAUCAGUUCAUGGACUCCAUGCAGCUCGACCCUGAGACAGUGGACAACUUGGAUGCCUACAACCAUAUUCCCCCCCAGCUCAUGGAAAAGUGUGCGGCACUCAGCGUCCGGCCUGACACUGUUAAGAACCUUGUCCAGUCUAUGCAGGUGCUGUCAGGGGUGUUCACGGAUGUGGAGGCCUCCCUGAAGGACAUCAGGGAUCUACUGGAGGAAGAUGAGCUGCAAGAGCAGAAAUUGCAGGAGACCCUGGGCCAGGCUGGGGCUGGCCCUGGCCCCUCUGUUGCCAAGGCUGAGCUUGCAGAGGUGAGGCGAGAAUGGGCCAAGUACAUGGAAGUGCAUGAAAAGGCUUCCUUCACCAACAGUGAGCUGCAUCGUGCUAUGAACCUGCACGUUGGUAACUUGCGCCUGCUCAGUGGACCACUGGACCAGGUGCGGGCUGCCCUACCCACACCAGCCCUCACCCCAGAGGACAAAGCCGUGCUGCAAAACCUAAAGCGCAUCCUCGCCAAGGUGCAGGAGAUGCGGGACCAGCGUGUGUCCUUGGAACAGCAGCUCCGAGAGCUGAUCCAGAAGGAUGACAUCACUGCUUCUCUGGUCACCACUGACCACUCAGAGAUGAAGAAACUGUUUGAGGAACAGCUGAAGAAGUAUGACCAGCUGAAGGUGUACCUGGAGCAGAACCUGGCCGCCCAGGACAAUGUUCUCCGUGCCCUGACUGAGGCCAACGUGCAAUAUGCAGCUGUACGGCGGGUGCUUAGUGAGCUGGACCAAAAGUGGAACUCCACACUACAGACCCUGGUAGCAUCCUAUGAGGCCUAUGAGGACCUGAUGAAGAAGUCCCAAGAAGGCAAGGACUUUUAUGCAGACUUGGAAAGCAAGGUGGCUACCCUUCUGGAACGGGCACAAUCCAUCUGUCGUGCCCAAGAGGCCGCUCGCCAGCAGCUCCUGGACAGAGAGCUGAAGAAGAAGGCACCACCACCUCGGCCUACAGCCCCAAAACCAUUGCUGUCCCGCCGUGAGGAGGGGGAGGCAGUGGAGGCUGGAGACACACCUGAGGAGCUGCGCAGCUUGCCCCCUGACAUGAUGGUCGGCCCACGGCUGCCUGACCCAUUCCUAGGAACUACUGCCCCUCUCCACUUUUCUCCUGGCCCCUUCCCUAGUUCCACAGGCCCAGCAACCCACUAUCUCUCAGGACCCUUACCCCCUGGAACUUAUUCAGGCCCCACUCAACUGAUGCAGCCUAGGGCUGCAGUUCCCAUGGCACCUGCAACGGUCCUCUACCCAGCCCCUGCCUAUACAUCAGAGUUGGGCCUUGUACCCAGAUCCUCUCCCCAGCAUGGAAUUGUAAGCAGUCCCUAUGCAGGGGUAGGGCCACCCCAACCAGUUGUAGGUCUUCCCUCUGCUCCACCUCCCCAGCUCUCAGGACCCGAGUUAGCCAUGGCAGUUCGGCCAGCUACCACCACAGUAGAUAGUGUCCAAGCCCCUAUCUCUAGCCACACGGCACCACGGCCAAACCCUACCCCUGCUCUUCCCCAGCCCUGCUUUCCAGUGCCUCAGCCUGUACCCCAAUCUGUUCCCCAACCGCAGCCUCUGCCUGCACCCUAUACUUAUUCUAUAGGGACCAAGCAGCCUCUGCCUGCACCCUAUACUUAUUCUAUAGGGACCAAGCAGCACCUCACAGGCCCUCUACCACAGCAUCAGUUUCCUCCUGGGAUCCCCACAGGCUUUCCAGUCCCCAGGACUAGGCCCCAGCCCCAGCCCCAGCCCCAGGCCCAGCCCCAGCCCCAGCCCCAGGCCCAGCCCCAGCCCCAGCCUCAGCCUCAGCCUCAGCCUCAGCCCCAGCCCCAGCCCCAACGGCCAGCAUUUGGGCCACAACCUACACAACAGCCCCUUCCAUUCCAGCAUCCACAUCUCUUCCCAUCUCAAGCCCCAGGGAUUCUUCCACCACCACCACCACCACCCUACCAUUUUACUUCUCAGCCUAGUGUCUUGGGACAGCCACCACCCACCCUGCACACCCAGCUCUAUCCAGGCCCAUCUCAAGACCCUCUUCCCCCACAUUCAGGGGCUCUGCCUUUCCCCAGCCCUGGGCCCCCUCAUCCUCACCCCACCCUGGCAUAUGGCCCUGCCCCUUCCCCUAGACCCCUUGGUCCUCAGGCAACCCCUGUCUCCAUUCGAGGGCCCCCACCAGCCAGUCAGCCCACCCCUAGUCCCCACUUGGUGCCUUCACCUGCCCCAUCACCAGGGCCUGGCCCAGUACCUUCAAGACCUCCAACAGCUGAGCCACCACCUUGUUUGCGUCGAGGUGCUGCAGCUGCAGACCUUCUGUCUUCUAGUCCUGAGAGCCAGCAUGGAGGUACUCAGCCUCCUGGGGGUGGGCAGCCCUUGCUACAGCCUACCAAGGUAGAUGCAGCUGAGGGCCGUCGGCCACAGGCCCUGCGGCUAAUUGAGCAGGACCCCUAUGAACAUCCCGAGAGGCUGCAGCAGUUGCAGCAGGAGCUGGAGGCCUUUCGGGGCCAGCUGGGGGAUGCAGGAGCACUGGAUGGCAUCUGGAGAGAGUUGCAAGAGGCACAGGAACAUGAUGCCCGAGGUCGAUCCAUUGCCAUUGCCCGCUGCUACUCCCUGAAGAACCGGCACCAGGAUGUCAUGCCUUAUGACAGUAACCGUGUGGUGCUGCGCUCAGGCAAAGAUGAUUAUAUUAAUGCUAGCUGUGUGGAGGGUCUCUCGCCAUACUGUCCACCCUUAGUGGCCACCCAGGCUCCGCUGCCUGGCACAGCUGCAGAUUUCUGGCUCAUGGUGCAUGAACAGAAAGUGUCAGUCAUUGUCAUGCUGGUGUCUGAGGCUGAGGUGGAAAAGCAAAAGGUGGCGCGUUACUUCCCCACAGAGAGGGGCCAGCCCAUGGUGCAUGGAGCCCUGAGUGUGGCACUGAGCAGUAUUCGUACUACCGAGACCCAUGUGGAGCGAGUGCUGAGUCUGCAGUUCCGGGAUCAGAGCCUCAAGCGCUCUCUUGUGCACCUCCACUUCCCUACUUGGCCUGAGUUAGGCCUGCCAGACAGCCCUGGCAAUCUGCUGCGCUUCAUCCAGGAGGUGCAUGCACAUUAUUUGCACCAGCGACCCUUGCACACACCCAUUGUCGUACACUGCAGCUCUGGGGUGGGCCGCACAGGAGCCUUUGCAUUGCUCUAUGCAGCCGUGCAGGAGGUGGAGGCUGGGAAUGGGAUUCCAGAGCUGCCCCAGCUGGUGAGGCGGAUGCGGCAGCAGAGGAAACACAUGCUGCAGGAAAAACUUCACCUCAAGUUCUGCCAUGAGGCAUUGAUGAGACAUGUGGAGCAGGUCCUACAGCGCCAUGGUGUGCCUCCUCCUGGCAAGCCUGUGGCCAGUGUGAACAUCAGCCAGAAGAACCACCUUCCUCAGGACUCCCAGGAUCUGGUCCUUGGUGGAGACGUGCCCAUCAGCUCCAUUCAGGCUACCAUUGCCAAGCUCAGCAUCCGGCCCCUAGGUGGCUUGGAUUCCCCAGCUGCCAGCCUCCCAGGCCUUGUAGAACCCCCAGGUCUUCCACCAGCUAGCCUUCCAGAGUCUACCCCUGUCCCAUCUUCCUCGCCUCCCCCCCUCUCUUCGCCUCUGCCUGAAGCCCCCCAGCCAGAGGAGGAGCCGUCAGUGCCUGAAGCCCCCAGCUUAGGGCCCCCCUCGUCAUCCCUGGAGCUGUUGGCCUCUCUGACUCCAGAAGCAUUUUCACUGGACAGUUCUUUACGGGGAAAGCAGCGGAUGAGCAAGCAGAACUUUCUGCAGGCCCACAACGGGCAGGGUCUAAGGGCUGCCCAGCCUACGGAUGACCCCCUCAGCCUCCUGGAUCCACUCUGGACACUCAACAAGACCUGAAAAGGCUUUGCCUAUCUGGUCCUUACACUACACCUCCCAUCCCUACUGCCUUCAGCUCUACCAGAUGGAGAUGCACUGCAGGCCUCAGAUCAGGCUCUGCUCCCUUGAGGAACCUGACAUUUUUCCAGCCCUGGGCUACUGAAAUAAUAAACUUAUUCUGUGGCCAUU